AUGGAGCAACUCUUCCGGUCUACGCUUAGAUUCACGAAUCUUCGCACCGUCGGCCGGCUCGCGCUCAAUGGACUCGGCACUUUCUGCGGAUGUUCGUUGAUCUGGGAGCACCUGGUCACCGUACAGCUCAGCGCGGGCCCUUCGAUGUACCCGACUUUCGACGUGAGAGGCGAUUGGCUAUUGAUUUCGAGACUUCACCGGAAUGGCAAGGGAAUUGAAGUCGGCGAUGUUGUACGAUUCGGUCACCCGAACUUCCAGGGCGUCCACGUUGCGAAGCGGGUGGUGGGCAUGCCGGGAGAUUUUGUCUGUCAGGAUCAGCCACUUAGUCCGGAGAUCCCCGAAGGCCAUGUCUUUCUAGCUGGCGACAACCUUCCCUGGUCUAGGGACUCCAGGAAUUACGGACCCGUGCCCAUGGGACUCAUCAACGGAAAGAUCGUCGCGCGAGUAUGGCCGCCGUCGAAGGCGGAAUGGGUGAAGAAUCCGUUACAACCUGCGCAGCUGGAGGGCAGCAUCUGA